AUGGGUUCCAGCGCCAAGCGAAAGAAGGAGAAGCAAAAGGACUUCCAAAAACCCAAACUCAAGGUCGGCAAGGCCAAGGCAAAGCCGGAGAACUUUACAGACACCAGUUUCAAAGCAAAAGCGAUCGUUCUUAACCAACAAUCCCUUCAUGUCGCCGCACCGACCUCCAGCAGCCAAUUCUCCCAUCAUCUCUCCCUCCUCUCCUCCAAGUCCGACAGCCAACGGCGCGAUUCUCUCGCUCACCUAACCACCUCAAUCGCCUCGCGACCGGUCAAUUCCCCUCUCCCACAGCCAGUCAGCGUCAUGCUCUCAUCUUUGCUCCCGCUCAUCCUCGACGCAAACAAUAAUGUCCGCACUGCACUCCUCAAGCUCCUGAAAACACUACCGCCCAGCGAUGUACAGGACCACGUUGCGCAAUUACUUCCCUAUGUCCGUGCAGGAAUGACCCAUCUAGCAGCAGACAUUCGUGUCUCUGCUGUCGAGAUUCUCUCAUGGAUGGUUGAUGCGGCUGGUGAAGCAGUGGUUUCCUGCGCGGGUGGGUGGAUCAAGACGUUCAACUGUUUUCUGUCGGUGUUGGGCUGGCACACGGAAGAGUCGGCCCGCUGGUCGUCUAACCGGGCUUCAUUCGGAAAGUCUGGGAGCCGGGGCCGGCCUAUGGUGAAAGUAUUGGGUGCAUUGGCGGAGUUCCUGGAAGCAGGAAUCGGUGCGCCAGGUGCUCCGGUCGAUGAUGAGCAGCACGAGGGCCCGUCAUCCUUAGCAUGGCCAUUCCCGCUGUGCCAGACAAGUCAACACAUGAUUUCCGAGUCUGCUGCGCCAUAUGCCUAUUUGAAUCUAUUUGGACAGCCUCGCGACGAGGAGGGCGAGAUGUACGAGACCCGCGAAGAUCGGUACAGGGUCUUCUCGACACGGUUCUUAUCCGCCGUUGAACGCGGUCUGAAGAGUGCGAGGGAAGAAGGUGGCGAACUUGGUCGCGCGUCUUCCAGUGUCAGCAAGGUGUUGAAAGCGGCCUUGUCAUAUGGGGCUGGGCCUUGA